AUGGCUUCGACAAUUAGACAACUGCCCCAGUGGCUCCAGGCUGCACUGCUUCUUGCUGCCUCGGCGCAAACCGCCUCAGCGGCAUCGCUCUACUCGACUUACACAUUCAACCCCCUCGAGCAUCUCGGCGGAGUCGCUCCCUACUUUGAGCCGCAAGAUCCUCCCUCGUCCCCCGCCGCUCCGCAAGGAUGCACAGCAGAACGCUCCGCCUAUCUCGUGCGUCACGCCGCCAUCUACGCCAACGACUUCGACUAUGAAGAGUACAUCGAGCCGUUCAUCCAGAAGGUGCAGAACCACACCGGCAUCGCCUGGACCCAUAUCCCGUCGCUCAACUUCCUGUCCAGCUGGACCGCACCCAUCUCCGAUGCCGAGAUAGAGAUGCUGACGCGCGUCGGCAAAGUCGAGGCCGCGCAGCUCGGAGCUGACCUCUCAUUUCGGUACCCGGGCAUGAAGCUGCCGAGUAAAGUGUGGACCUCGUCGGCCGAGCGCACCUACAAGUCGGCACAAUCACUGGUGCGGGGCCUCGAGACCGACGACAACGAGAUCAACGUCGUCAGCAUCUUCGAGUCCAGUGAAUCCGGCGCCGACAGCUUGACGCCGUACAAGGCAUGCCCGGCGUACUCGUCCUCGGCUGGAAGCGACCAGUCGAAGGUCUACAUGGAGAUCUUCACCAAGCCGAUCAAGGCGCGACUCAACGCCGCAGCGCCCAAGUUCAACUUCACGACCAACGACGUCUUUGGAAUGAUGGAGCUGUGCGGCUACGAGUCCGUCAUCCGCGGCAGCUCGCCCUUCUGCGACCUGGACCUGUUCACGCCGGACGACUGGCUGGCUUGGGAGUACGCCUCCGACAUCCAGUACCACUACAACGUCGGCUACGGCAACCAGGUCUCGGGAGCUGUCGGUCUGCCGUGGUUCAACGCGACUGCCAACCUGCUGCUCAACAACGAGGACAAGGACCAAGACCUGUUCGUCAGUUUCACGCACCGAGAGCUGCCGCCCAUGGUCUUUGUCGCCAUGGGUCUGUUCAACAACUCCGCCUUCGGAGGCAGCGAGGCCACGAUCAACGACACGAUGCCCCUUGACCGGAUCAACUACCGUCGCGCCUGGAAGAGCUCCCACGUCCUGCCCUUCCUCAGCAACCUGGCCAUCGAGCGGUUCAACUGCACCGGGAGCUACGGCUACGAGGACGGAGAGUACUACCGCGUCCUGGUGAACAGCUCGCCGCAGCCGCUGCCGGCCUGUGCCGAUGGGCCGGGAACGAGCUGUUCGAGAAGCGGAUUCGAGAGUUACCUGCAAGAGCGCGUCGACAUGUUCCAGGGGUUCUCUGCGACCUGCGGCGUGGAUUAUGAUAACUCCACUGACAGUUUGUCGAUAUACACGGACUCGAGUAUUGGGAACGGUACCGCUGUUGGGAAGAGAUAUGCUGCUUUUCAAUGA